AUCCAAAGGGUUUAUCUUUUUGACACUUUUGAGCUACAAAAGGUUGUGCCAAACCCCCUUCUUUUCUGCAAAUUGAGUGCACUUUCCUUGGUCAUCUUUCCACAAGAAUCAUGGGUUCCUCUUCUUUCUAUCUCUGGCUCCUCCUCGUCUUCUCUGCUAUUUCUUCCAAUGUUUUGACGGUGUACGCAUUCAAGGGAACAUACGGAGUAAACUAUGGUAAGAUAGCGGACAAUUUACCUUCACCAAGCAGCGUGGUGACGCUGCUGAAAGCAGCCAAGAUAAAGAACACCAGAAUCUACGACGCUGAUCAUGAGGUCCUCAAGGCCUUCAAGGGCUCUGGUAUUGAAAUCAUAAUCGGACUUGGCAAUGAGUUUCUGAAAGAAAUGAGUGUGGGGGAGGAUCGUGCCAUGGAUUGGAUAAAGGAAAAUGUGCAGCCAUUCCUCCCUGGAACAAAGAUAGUUGGAAUCGCAGUGGGAAAUGAGAUCUUGGGGGGCGGUGACCAUGAAUUAUGGGAGGUUUUACUGCCCUCGGUUAAAAAUGUUUACGGUGCGCUUGGAAGGCUGGGUUUGACGAAGGUUGUCGAGGUUUCAAGCCCGCACUCAGAGGCUGUCUUUACCAAUUCCUUCCCGCCAUCGGCAUGCGUUUUCAAGGAUGAUGUUCUUGUAUACAUGAAACCAUUGCUGCAGUUCUUCUCAAAGAUUGGUUCUCCUUUCUACAUCAAUGCCUACCCUUUUCUAGCCUACAAGAGUGAUCCUGAGCAUAUUGACAUUAACUAUGCUCUUUUCAAAUCGAAUCAGGGAAUUCUUGAUUCAAAGACUAAUCUGCAUUAUGAUAACAUGUUUGAGGCUCAGGUUGAUGCAGCUUAUGCUGCAUUAGAAAAGGCUGGGUUUCCCAAGAUGGAAGUCAUCGUUUCCGAAACAGGUUGGGCUUCUCGAGGGGAUGCAGAUGAAGCAGGUGCCUCUUUAGAAAAUGCGAGGACUUACAAUCGUAAUCUGCGUAAACGGCUAAUGAAAAAGAAGGGAACCCCAUACAGACCAAAGUUCGUGGCAAAAGCUUAUAUUUUUGCCUUGUUCAAUGAAAACUUGAAGCCUGGGCCAACUUCUGAGAGGAACUUUGGAUUGUUUAAACCUGAUGGAAGCAUUGCAUACGAUAUCGGUUUCACUGGGCUUAAAGAUUCCUCAGCUUCAUCUCUUCUCCCUUUCAAGGUUAUUGGAGGGUCAUCCUGCACAUUGCUUCUUACUACUUGUAUCACACUUCUGCUACUAAUUUCAGCUUCUUGAAAAGGGGAACGGCUUAGAGCUUCUGAAGGGAUAUGAUUGAUUCCAGGCUCUAGAAUUUACUGAUGUACUAAGCUGUAACAUAUCCAUGUACACUUGAUUCAUUUUCUAUCGUUUCAUGAUAAGCUGACAGCAAUUCUUGAAUCAA